CGUACCAUCUUGCUCAGGACCUUUGUCCCUGCAUUCAGCAUCAUCUUUGUCCGGGCAUAAAAAGCUCCUUUCCGCCCUCGCCUGGCAAAACCAGUCUUUUCCUGUAUUGAUAAAACAAACAGCAUCAAACUCCCAUCACUAUAAUCUACGAACUCCUCCAGAUACGCGCGUUGAUUUAGUUUGCCUCGCGCUCUGCGCAGAGCUAGGCUACAGGCUGUGACCUGUUGUCGUCAGAGCAUUUCCGGGAUUUCUUUCGCGAUUGCGCGACCUCUUUCAUCAACAUGAGCGCGCCGCCUCCCCCAGGCAAUCCGCCCGCCAAUGCGCCUGGUUAUCCAAAUGGUGCCCCGAAGAAACAGAAGCCAAACCCCCUUCGGCCAUUGCGUAAAAAUCCCAAGGCAAACCCCCUUGUUUCUCGAAGACCACCACCCAGGCCGACAGCGCCAUCUGCUUCGGGUAGGCCAAAUGGAACAAAGCCAAACAUUGAAGAGAUUCGACGUCAAAAUGGUGGCUGGUCAGAGCCACCGCCACCUAAGUACAACGACAUCCCCAUUAUGACAACGAAGAAGGAUCUUCUCGACGGCAUUCGAUACCACAUGAUGAAGUUCACUCAAUCUAAAGCAGGAGGAAAAUCCAUCGAUCCAACCGACCAGGACGACUUCGCACGACCUGUAACAUUGCACCGACGAGAUGCUCGCCAACCCCCUCCGGGAAGGGCCGUCAAGACCGAAGCACCUGAAGCGCCUCAGGCUGACGAGGAAGAGGUGGAAAGACAGGCGCAGAGGAAAGCUGAACGGGAGGCUCAGCGCGCCAUUGACCAGGCCAAGAUUGCGCCUGUGGCCAAAGACCCUAAUCCCAAGCGACCGAAGAAGCAAAAAGAGGAGAAAACAACGUUCAACCGGGCGCCCAAGACUGAAACUGCUAAGAAGGCGUCCGACCUGCGAUACGAGGAAGCUCUUCCAUGGCAUCUCGAAGAUGCAGAGGGUAAAAAUGUUUGGGUUGGCAACUUCGUGGACACACUCUCUGGAUCUAACGUGGCCUUCAUGAUUGAUCAGUCCGUCUUCCGCAUGAUCCCCCUGGAGAAGUGGUACAAAUUUACGUCUAAGCCUCCUUUCCAGACUUACGACAUUGAUGAGGUGGAGGCCUUUAUGAGUAAGAAGGUGGAUGUGGGCCGUUGGGUCAUGAGAGACGAAGAGAAGAAAGCUGGGCGAAAAGACUUGGAAGCCACAAGAAAAAUGUUCUACGGAAGCGGCCCGAUGGUCAAGACUGAAAGUGCCACGUUCAAGGCCGCUUCGAGGUCAGAGAAACUGGAGCAUGAUGAGAUUGAUAUGUCGGGCGAUGAAUUUCAAGAUGAUGAUGAGGCUCCCAUGUUCGAAAGGAAUGACGAUGAAGACACAAAGGACUCCAAGGACCGUAUUCGUCGGGAACAACUCGGUGCCAACUUAUUCGGAGAAGGCGACGAGCAAGAAGUAGACAAAGAACUGGAUGAACAACUCCGAGAAGAGAUUCUACGACAGAAGCUCGGCAAAGCCACCAAGAAGGCAUUGAUCAAGAGAGAUCGAGAGGAUAUCUACGAAAGCGACGAUUCCGAAGAGAAUCCAUGGAGCAGCUCGUCUGAUGACAACUCAUCCGACGAGGAGGAAGAGGAAGACAAGAAAGAUGACGAGAAGAAGGACGUCAAUAAGGACGACAAGAACCAGAGCGGUUCCGGAUCGAAGGGCACCAAUACUCCCUCCGGGAAGAAGCCUGAAGGCUCUAAGAAGAGCAAGUCGCUCAAGCGAGCCGGCUCCCCAGCACUCUCCGAGUCGAGUGGAAACGAAUCUUCCCGCAAAAAGCUCAAGAAAAAUGUCACAUCUGCCACGGGAAGCAGGUCUGGGACUCCUCUUUUACAAGGCGGAGCCGCCCGUCGACCUACGGCUGCUGGAUCUGGUAGUGAUGGGGAGGCAACUGCUGGCGAGAUGUCAGAUGGAGCUGCACCCAAGAGGAAGAAGUUGAAGUUGGUUAGUAGCAGUGCUCGGGGCACUCCUUCGGCAUCCAGAGCUGGCAGUCCCAACCCAACCCAGGGUGGUAAGUUUUCUUUGGACUGAUUUCAGACAGAUUUAUAACUAAUAUUGUCUUGCAGCUGCUUCUCCUGGCUCACCCGGAGCUUCAGCUGUCGAACCAUCCGAAAUUCUCGACAAGAUUCCCGUCGAAGGCAUCACCGUUAACGAGUUGAUCAAGCUCUUCAACCACCGUCUGGGUGAUAGACCAGGCCAGAUGUCUAAGACUGAGUGGAUUCAGCUUGUCAAGAAGCUUUGUGACUAUGGACCUGACAAGCGACUUCGCCGAAGAUCGUAAAAGAAUAGAUACCCGAUCAGGGCGGCAAUAUCGUGUCUUUUUUCUCCUCUGGAGUUUAUUUGCCUUGCGACUUCUUUGUUAGCGCACCCCGAACCAGACGUAAUAUCGGAAUCCAACAACAGUAUACAUCUUGUCAUUCAGAUUAUUACUUAUGGAGGAUAAGGUCAAUUAGUUUAGCGCUUAAAAUGGGUAUAUAAUAGAAUAUCUGCAUCAAACUCUACCCGUUCAUUCAUCCAUUUGCCAAGAGUAUUCAAGUCCCUUGUUCCGUUCUCUACGGUUAAGUGCCUUGAACCUCUCAGCUUCAAAACCAUUGCCGCGAUCGACACCAUCCCAGCGAUAGCCUGGUUUGAUUCCGUACCGAUUUGGUGGCGCUGCGCCAGCGUAAACUGGCUUGCGUUUUGACUUUUUGCUCUGUCCUGUGUCUGUUUGCUUCUUCUCGGCCAUGAACUGCAUCAUAGGAUCGUUCCAGCGCUCCUGUUCUUUCAAUUCCUGAUUCAUUUCUUCGUCAUCGGCCGUACGCGCGAAUGACAUAAGCUUGGCAUCUUGUAGCUUCUCUCGGCGCUUACGAGCCUCCUCAAGCUGUAUGUCACCCUUGAGAGCUUCUUUGGCCAGGCGUUCCUUUUCCUCUGCCUCAGCAGCGGCACGUCGUGCUUCGGCGCGCUUCAUUGAUAUGUCGAUUCUUCGGCCCGUGGCGUCUCGAUAUACUGUUUCUUCCUCCUUUGCUGAUUUGCGGUGCCGUUCGAACUCUUCGCGUUCUUCUUUUUGCCGCCGUUUAAGUUGCGCUGAAACAGUUGCUGCGCUUUGCAGUCCUGCAUGUGUUCCGUCGCUCAUCUUGACAGCUGAUUCGUCAUCUUCGAUAAUGGGCAUGUCCUCGUCUUCAUCGCGAGCUGCGUUUUGCUCCGCUGCUGCUGAUGCUAGAAUCGCGUCUGCGGCCGCAGCCGCAGCCGAAUCAUCUUUUGAUGUCGCGUCGCCUCCAACUGACUUCCAAUUGCUCUUCUUGGUUUUUCGAAACUCAGCAGAUCGCCCCGAUACUGUGACCGGAGCAUCUAUUCCCUCGUCAUCCUGUUGCGUAUUGGUGUUGCCCCAACCUGAAUCGUCAUCGUCUGUAAUAAGAAGGCCAUUAUUGGCAUCGGCGCCGCGCUUGCGCUUCCGUUUCUUCGCUGGUUUUGGGUCGGCGACCAAGUAUUUAGAAGCGAGAUAUGCUGAUAAGUCUGAAGGCAUUUUGUUUUUUGAUGCGACAAGGACUGGGUUAAAAGGAGAGUGACAGGACUUGUCUUUUGAGUUAGGAACCUUGAAUGUUCCCGUAC